CUUUCGCACGUGCUCAUCUUAUUUGUGUCUCCAAGAUCCACCGAGCCCAUCGCCCCAUUCGAUCUGUCUCGGCUCGGGAACGAAGGUGGGAACGAAGGUUGGUUCGAUGAUCGCGAAGACGGAGGAGGUAUGUGCGCUGCUUCUUCUAGGGUUGCCUCGUGGUUUGAGGGUGGGAGCUGACGGAACCAAUCAUAGGUACGGGGAGGGUGAUCGUGUGCCCCUCCCUGUAUGCCAACAAGAUGAUACGAAGUGGAAAACUCAGAGCUCAAAGUGCCAAAUCAAUGAAGUUCAAGGAUGGUUACAUGAUUUCUUCUAGUCAGCCUAUCCAUGAAUACAGAGGUUUUGCUGUGAGGCAUCUUCUCCUCAGACAGAAAAAACAUGUCUCAGAAGAGGAAAAGAGAAAAAAAUAAAACAAGUCUUGGUCUUCUGCUCCCCAUUUCGCCGCCCGCCGCUGCCACCGCGAUCGCGCCCGUGCCAAGAUCCGCAAGACCACCUCAAGGCGAAGAGGCUUGAAGAAUUGGCAACCGAGAUCAAGAAGCACAAGGAUGGAUCGAAGGAGAUGCAGAUUACGGACGAGGACACAAAGGGUAAAAAGGUGUUGGAUUCGAUUGUUGAAAUUAGGGCUGAAGGAAGCAGCGUUCCACCUCGUGGUGAUAUGGAAUCAGGGGUUUCUUCCCAGGAAAACCUAGAUGUGCUCUGAGCAAUGUCAUAUCCAUUGGCCGCAUCCCUUGCUGCGGAGGAAGAGAUGGAGAUCAAUAAGAAUGUACUUACAUCCGAGGGUGGUCUGGAUGAAGCGGAGGACGACAAUGAAGAAAUGAUUUUUGUUGGUUUUAUUGGGAAUCUGGUUCAUUCAUCCCCUAACAUAAAGAAAGAAGUUCUUCAUGCGGGAGAUUUACAGCCAGUGAUUGAUUUAUUAAGGACUCACACAACCAAGCUGGUAUUGUCUACAAUGGCGGUUUGGUGCCUCUUCUUAAACUUCCUGACUCGAAAAAUAGAUGUUUACAACAUAAUGCUGCAUUUGCUCUUUAUGGUAUUGCAGAGAAUGAGGUGAAUCUGCAUCAAAAUAUUCCUUUGUUGUAAUUCCAUAUUAUGUUUCUUUGCAUAAUGCUGUAAUGUGACAUUGAGAACUAUUGAUUGGACACAGGCUUCUUAUUCUUGUCAUUGUUGUUAGGAAAAUGUCUCUGAUUUUAUCAAGGUAGGGGGUGUUCAGAAACUACAAGAUGGUGAAUUUAUUAUCCAGGUGUACCUAGGCGAGCAGUAUGUGAAUAGCUCCACGCUAUUAGAUGUUACCUUUCUAGUUGAAGGUUGUAGACUAUUCUUACCAUAUGUAGUAACUUAUAUAUACUAAAUUCCUCAUUUAAGGGGAAGCUAUUAGUUAUGUGCAAAAUAUCUAAAUGUUCAUUAUCUGUUCUUUUCCUGGCAAGUGCUUUUGUGCACACAGAAUUGCUCUGCUUGCUUCUUCAGAUGCAUUUCGUGCAAUGUUUGAUGGUGGCGACUGGGUAAGGGAACUCAGGUGUCAACCAUGCUUGUUUUUCUUCAGAAAUAACCCCUAAUUAUGAUCAGAUGUAUGGAAAUAUUGUUGUUAAAAAACGGCUAGUUUCUGAUAUAAAGAAGCUAUAGCACGUAUCAUAAAUAAAGCAUUUAUAUGCGAUACAAAGAGGCAUAUCUAUCUGUUUUGUUGUGCUUUGGUUACUGAAUAUAACAAAAUGGUGAACAUUUUUUACAAUUAAAUAAAUUAAAUACUAAGUUGCCACCUCAAAAGUUUGUUGCUUUGUAAAUGCUAAUGUAAAUCCCCCAUGGUCCUAUCUGUACAAAAAUAAUCAUGCAGAAGGUGAGGAUCAUAUCUUUGAUCAAUAAGAUGGUUUUAGUACUUGCUUGAUGCAUAUCAGAAAUGCUGAUUUGUGAGAGAAGUCAAAAAGCUGAUCCCUUCAUGUCACCAGGGUGCAAAUAUUUUGGAGUUCGAUGCAUCCCACCACUCAUAACAUGCCCUUCUGUCAGUGUUAUCAAGAAUCUAACUUUUUGUCAGAAUAUCAUGUGCUGGAAAUGUGCCAGCUUGAUAAGGCAUGUUAAGCAAGAUAUAUGGUGGGUUUCAUGCUUGCUGAUGAACAAAAAUUAUGUGAAAAAGGCAUCUCACGGAUGCCAUGCUGAUUUCAUAGUAUCAUACUGGCCUAAUACGACAUGAAAGAAACAAUCAUAAGCUUUUCAAAACUUAUAAUAGUAUCAUGGUAUGAACUUAAGUUUUUUGAAAAGUUUUCUUUCUGGAAAUGCUUGGUAAUUUAUUAUUUUCUAGUCUAGUAAGAUCUGAUUGAAAAUAUCUUACUCUUUCAACUUUGUUAUAGGAGAAGGACCCAAGAGACGUUGAGAUUCCUAACAUAAGAUGGGAGAUUCAUAUACACAGGAUCGGUUGAGAUCACUACUGAUAUCGCGCAAGAUCUUCUAUGAGCUGCAUAUCAGUAUCUUCUUGAAGGUCUUAAACGCCUAUGUGAAUAUGCCAUUGCACAAGUGGGUAGAAACUACAUUGUCUUUUCUUUUUCUCAUUCUCGGAAGCUUCACUAGUUAUUGUAAUAAAAUUUAUCCUGAAGUUCUAAGAAGCGUUGAGUAUGCUUCAUCAUGCAAGAAGUUUGCGUAGAUAAUAUCUCCAGCAUGUACGAAUUGUCAGAGGCAUUCCAUGCCAUGUCCUUGAGGCACACUUGUGUCAUGUUUAUUUUAGAGCAAUUCGAGAAAAUCAACACUCGUCCAGGGUGCUCUCUCAUCAAAUAUAUCUCUCUUUUUUACUUCACUCUCUUGAACUCCUAAGUGUAUUUAGUGUUGAUUGCCUCGCGUUCUCAUUUACUAAUUCUGCCUUGAUGAACUUCCGCAGGCAUUCUCUUAUAAUCCAGCAAAUAACUCCAGAGAUCCGCAACUACUUUGGUAAAGCUUUGAGGCCGAAUAUGAGAAAAUCCCUUACCUAACUGUUCCUUUUUUACAGCAUCUUCUCUAACUCAUGCUGCUGCUGCUGGAGGCUUGUACAGUUGGAGCAUUUCUGCACCAAACAUCUAUUUCCGAAGGGGGGCAUGUCGGGGGUAAGCACUAGCCUUCUGGAACCAAUGGUUCUUUUCUCUCUGAUGCUGUUUGGUACACCUCUAAUUUUGCACUUGAAAUAUCCAAUCAUCGAUAUAAAAAAAAUUUGAUCUUUUGAUUUAAAAAAAUCCUGCAGUUAAUUACCUAUGGCAUGCAUGAUUAAUUACCUAUGUCAAGGCCAAACUGGACUCCCCUUUCGUUUUCUUUUUACUGCAAAUGAACUUUAGAAUCUAAUCUGUUUUAAGGUAACAUUGUAUUAACCAUAAAUUAACAUGUCAUUUGUAUAGAGCCACUACAUGUAUUUCCAGUCUACUCGAGCUGGUGGUAAUCUAAUUCAUGGUGUUCUGAAUCGAGUUUUCUCUUCGAAUGUCUCCUAUUAACACUGUGAUAACACUACUGUGAUAACACUUAUUUGUUGGCAAACUUACCACAGAUCGCAAUUAUAUGAUCAUUUCCUUUAUAUAUCUUUCAGGUAAGACACUAAAGCAAGAGAAUAUCUACAUGAUUAUUUCCUAGAAUUGCUACAUAUAUAUGACCCAUAAAACAAGUGUUGCAUGCAUACGAUUCAUAAAGAAAGUGUUAGAUUACUCUCAUACAUAUAAAGGUUUGUGUUAUUAGAAAUGCGAAUGUUAAUUCAUAAGUAAUUAUGUCGAUCACUGACAAAAGCUAAAUAUGUAUUUGGAAAACACUUUAAUCCUUCAAGUGAAAUAAUUAGUUUGGGGAGAGGUAGAGUGAGAUGGAAGAUUUCUUUACCAAAAUCUAUUGAAAGUUUAAUAAGUGUUAAUUAAUCAAGGAUAUGGCUUUGCACAGAGUCUAAUAACAAUUAAAGAUUUAUUAUUAUAUGAUAUGGAAUAUAAUAAUCAAGGAGGGGCGAGAGGCGAGAGGGGAGAGAAGUCAAGAGUGAGAGUCGGAGAGGAGAGAGAGAUAUAUAUAGUGGGACCGUGGUCGGACAGAGUGAUUCUUUAAUCGAAUCCAAUUGGUUAAUCUUAAUUUGGAUUCCGAAGCCCCCAAAUUAAUUAGGUUAAUAAGAUUUUAGAGUCGUAUUAUAUAUUUAAUUGGAAAUUAACUUUCGCACGUGCUUAUCUUCUUUGUGUCUCCAACAUCCACCGAGCCCAUCGCCCCAUUCGAUCUGUCUCGGCUCGGGAACGAAGGUUGGUUCGAUGAUCACGAAGACGGAGGAGGUAUGUGCGCUGCUUCUUCUAGGGUUGCCUCGUGGUUUGAGGGUGGGAGCUGACGGAACCAAUCAUAGGUACGGGGAGGGUGAUCGUGUGCCCCUCCCCGUAUGCCAACAAGAAACAGAAGGACGGGGUGAUUCAGAAGUUUUUUCGGGAACAGAGUAUUAUUAGAACAAAACUUUAAGCAUCCUUCCAAAAAGCCACUACUCUUGGGUGGUGGAGCAGCAUAUUGAGGUGGUGCUAUUGCAGGAAGCCCAUGGUGAUACGAAGUGGAAAACUCAGAGCUCAAAGUGCCAAAUCAAUGAAGUUCAAGGAUGGUUACAUGAUUUCUUCUAGUCAGCCUAUCCAUGAAUACAGAGGUUUUGCUGUGAGGCAUCUUCUCCUCAGACAGGAGAAGGACGCAAGAGACGUUGAGAUUCCUAACAUAAGAUGGGAGGUCUUUGAAUUGAUGAUGCGAUUCAUAUACAUAGGAUCGGUUGAGAUCACUAAUGAUAUCGCGUAAGAUCUUCUACAAGCUGCGGAUGAGUAUCUUCUUGAGGGUCUUAAACGGCUAUGUGAAUAUGCCAUUGCACAAGAAGUUUGCAUAGACAAUGUCUCCAGCAUGUACGAAUUGUCGGAGGCAUUCCCUGCCAUGUCCCUGAGGCACACUUGUGUCAUGUUAUUUUAGAGCAAUUCGAGAAAAUCAACUCGUCUAGGGUGCUCUCUCAUCAAAUCUAUCUCUCUUUUUUACUUCACUCUCUUGAACUCCCGAGUAUAUUUAGUGUUGAUUGCCUCGUGUUCUCAUUUGCUGAUUCUGCCUUGAUGAACUUCCGCAGGCAUUUCCAUCUAAUCCAGCGAAUAACUCCAGAGAUCCACAACUAAUUUGGUAAAGCUUUGAGGCCGAAUCUGAGAAAAUCUCUUAACUAACUGUUCCUUUUUUACAGCAUCUUCUCUAACUCUUGCUGCUGCUGUUGGAGGCUUGUACAGUUGGAGCCUUUCUGCACCAAAUAUCUAUUUCCGAAGGGGGUUCUUUAGGCCCAUAUCUUAGUUUGUUCCAAUCUUCUCAGGAGCAUUAUUUGUUCUUAUCAUUUAUUUUGAUACCCGACAUGGUUACUCCUAAUUUUUACUAUUUUGUAGACUUGAUAUUAGUUAUUUGAAUUCGUUUGUAACUUCCAAAGCUGGAAUAAUAGAUUCAGAUUGGAUGUUUAAAUUCAUUCGAAAUUUUAAUAUUUAAUUUAGAUGCAAUUCGAUCAUUUUUCCAAGUCCUAAGUUGAAUUGUUUGUUCUUCUAUUUAUUAAUCUAAUGAAUUUAACGUAAUGCAGGCGUUCUUCUCACUAUUGAAAUCCGUCCAUAUCAUAUCAACAAGAGUUUUUGGAGAGAAUGUAUUUCCUUCCAUGAUGUGUGUGUUUAAUAUUUUGUUGACAAUCCAGAAUUUUUUUUUGGCCAUUGUCAAAUGCUUCAAACUUGGAAUUCUUUAUCGAUUCAGUGAUAAUUGAAGUGAUGGUUCUGAUUAAAGGUUUUGUAUA